CACAACCGACCACCAUCAAUUUCCCUCGGCCAAACUAAUCCAAAACUAACCUGUGGAUGCAUUCCCUGCAUGGUUAAAGAAUGGGUCAGCCGAGAUGAGUUAACGGACACAUGUCGAAAAGUAUGUUAUCAAUGUAUGCCUGCUCAUUUUGCCACAAGAUUGGAAAGCCAAAUGAUGAUGCUGCGGCUAGAGCUUUACAAGCUUCUUCGGAUUCUCGGAGAGGCACCAAAGAUGGCAACAUGGAAGUCCUAGGCAAUAUGGGAGAAGCUGUCGUUGAGAUAGCGACCGCUCUUGCUGAUGACCAUCACAGCAGCAGCGUCACAUUUAGCUGCUGUUGUGGUGGUAGUGGAGGCGAUGGUGGUGGUGGCGGUGGUGGAGGAGGAGGAGGUGAUGGUGGUGGUGGUGGUGAUUGUGGUGGCGGCGAUGGCGGCGGUGGCGGCAGUGGCGGUGGCGGUUGCGGAGGUGGCGGUUGCAGAGGUGGCGGUGGCUGAGGAGGGGACUGGACGAAUUCAGUUAUCUGGCUUUUCGUAAAAUCUUGUCGAACUUCAUUUUGUUUUGAUGGAAUGGAUGUAAAGCUUUCCUGAUUCCAGUGUUUUCAUUUUGGCGAGAUUUAAGGCGCUGCUAUUUGUGUUAUACUCUUCUUUUUUUUCUUUUUUUCUUUUUUUUUAGGGGUCGGGUGGCCACCAGUGUAGCAACCCCCACAGGCGUAACCAUAUGAGCCUGAACCCCACCGCGAAAUGUCCGAUUUGAGCCAUAGCUACACCAAGACUCGAGGGUCUGGGCUCGUCAUCGCAACCCCAAUGAAGUAUUAGAGGAACACUAUCCAGCCACAAGUCUAUAGUCGAAGUACUAUUACCGCAAACGGGUUCAACAACAAAUAGGGGGACCUUCCUCCCUUAUUUGCUCCCAAGUCUCCUCCCUACAUAGUGCUUGGAACAUAAGCGCGUUUCCAACUGAGCUACACCUCAUUGGUUUUGUGUUAUACUCUACUCCUUGUUGUGUUGUUGGACUAAGAAGAAAAUCAACAAAAAAUUUUAAAAAAAGCUGGUAGUUCAUGGAGUUAACUUCCAGAGAUUAGCCGACCUGAGCUGCGAAAAUCAGGAAAGGCUCAGUGAUUCAUCUUAUAGUAGUGUUUUAGCCUGGGAUUUCCAGUUAUAUGAACCUAGUUCGUGU